AUGAUUCGCAAGCAGCUCCCUGAAAUGGUGUUGCUGCUGUUGGCUUCUUCUACUAUCUUUUCCCUAGAACCAAAACUGAUUCUCUUCCAAUCAAGAAUAAACAGCGAAAGUUUACAACUACUGAAAGCUUUUCCAAUCUCAUCAAUCCAGCAGUGUCUAGCACACAGGAAAAAUUUCUUGCUUCCUCAGCAGUCUGCCGGUCAUCAGCAGUACCAGAAAGAACAUGCCCUGGCUGCCCUGCACGAAAUCCUUCAGCAGGUCUUCAUCCUCUUCCAGACCUACGCUUCUCAGGGCCUUUGGGAGGAAAAGCGUAUAGAGAAAGUACUGGCUGCGCUCCACAGACAGCUGGAAUACGUACAAUCACAAGCCGGACUAGAAGCAGAGCAGAAGAGUGACGGCUUGAGUGUGCAGAACCUCAGGUUACAGAUUAAAGCAUACUUCAGGAGGAUCCACAGUUACCUAGAAAGCCAGAGGUUCAGCAGCUGUGCCUGGAUCGUUGUCCAGGUAGAAAUCAAUCGCUGUAUGUUCUUUGUGUUCAGACUCACAACAUGGCUGAGCAAACAAAGGCUAGACCCUUGA